UCCUCCUGCAAUGACCUCGACCAUUGCAGAACAAAGUGGAGCAUCAUCUGGAGCUGUCUUACGACAUUAUUCUUGUGUACAUGGACUGCCAUUCACCCCAAUGUCCCAGACAUUCACGACCGAGCAUGGCUAUCUUUAUGCCGCCGCCUACGAUUCACAGUGCUGUUAUUAUAUGCUCCAGAAACUGUCAUCUUUUUUGCCCUCCGGCACCGCAAUGCUGCAGCAAGAUUAGCAGAGCAGUACCAUGGUACUGGGUGGACAAGGACGCAUGGAUUCUUCGCGAUUAUGGGAGGAUAUAUGCUCUAUGACGAAAAUGACAUCCCUGUUCGAACUCUUCGUGUCAGGAAUCUCAAUGACGAUACCCUGUACUUCCCCAACAUGACGCAGGACGAAAUUGAGGAUCGGAGCAAGGGAGAUAUGCUCUCGAAGGGGCUCGUUCUCUUUCAGACAACCUGGUUCGUACUCCAGUGUAUUGGACGAGGAGUGGGACGUCUGCCAACCACAGAGCUCGAGAUUACGACGCUAGCUUUUACUGUCGCCAAUAUUGGAACGUAUGUGUUUUGGUGGGACAAACCUCUUAAUGUUCUACGCCCUGUCCGAGUGUACAAGAAAAGCUACCGCCCAAAUCACAAGCGGGAAGAGCGCGAGAAGAGCCAUACUCCGCUUUCUCUCUAUUAUCCGGUAUGCGGCGAGAUCAUAGAAAGAUCAUUCAAGCUACUAGAGGCGACAAUAAAUUCCUUUCAUAAUGAAGAACAGAACGUAUCAUAUUUCAAUUCCGCGUCGGAGACCAAGAUCCCUGCGUUCUACUUCGGCGACGAUGAUACUCCUGAAAACUCACACUCCCUUUUUUCUGUUCUUAUAGGUGCGGGUAAUUCUAUAAUUGUUAGCAUGCUCGGGAUUACAACGGUCCUUGGAGCCUUCCACUUCAUCGCAUGGUCAUUUGACUUUCCAACCCACACGGAACAAAUUCUGUGGCGGAUAUCCUCCAUCGCAAUGAUAUCCAGCCCGAUGAUCUUAGCAUCGUUUUACAAAAGGACAAUCUUGAAACUCGUUGGGUUUGGGCUGUUUUAUGUUUACUGCAACUGCCGGGUCUUCCUAUUGAUCGAGUCGUUCGUGUCUUUGCGAUCGCUGCCUGCCGGAGCGUAUCAGACCGUGGAAUGGACGACUUUCAUACCUCACAUCUGA